GCAAGCUGGCACAGAACUUGCUCUUCCUCUGCAUAUUUCAUCAUGGCUGUCGGAAAAAACAAGCGUCUCAGCAAAGGCAAGAAGGGUUUGAAGAAGAAGGUCACCCCUUGCUAUGUCCACCAAUCCACCUUUCAACCUACCCAUCACCCCGUUAAUCCUCAUAUUCCAACUAUCAAAAAUUUGCCAUGCCCAUCAUACAUUGUGCUAAUGAAUCGAACCCACAGCGUUGACCCCUUCACCCGUAAGGACUGGUAUGACAUCAAGGCUCCUUCCAUGUUUGACGUUCGCCAGGUCGGCAAGACUCUUGUCAACCGUACCCAGGGUCUCAAGAACGCCAACGACUACCUUAAGGGUCGUGUUCUCGAAGUCUCCCUCGGUGAUCUCACCAAGGAUGAGGACCGUGCUUUCCGCAAGAUCAAGCUGAGAGUUGAUGAAAUCCAAGGCAAGAACUGCCUCACCAACUUCCACGGUAUGGACUUCACCUCUGACAAGCUCCGCUCUCUCGUCAAGAAGUGGCAAUCCCUCUUGGAGGCCUUCAUUGAUGUCAAGACCACCGACGGUUACCUCGUUCGUCUUUUCGUCAUCGCCUUCACUGCUCGCCGCCGCAACCAGAUCAAGAAGACCACCUAUGCUCAGUCUUCCCAGAUCCGUCAGAUCCGCAAGAAGAUGUUCGAGAUCAUGACCCAAGAGUCCGCCUCUUGCGACUUGAAGGAGUUGGUUUCCAAGUUGAUCACCUCCUCAUCUCCUAGCGCUCAGGACAUCAUUGGCCACCGCAUUGAGAAGGCUUGCCAGGGUAUCUUCCCCUUGCAAAACGUCUACGUCCGUAAGGUCAAGAUUCUCAAGAGCCCCAAGUUCGAUGUUCAAUCUCUCCUUGCUCUUCACGGUGGUGAUGCCGCUGGUGAUGCUGAUAUUGGCACCAAGAUCAAGAAGGAAUUCGUCGAACCUGCCAUCCAGGAGUCAGUGUAAAAAAACAAAAUUCAUAAUUAUCAUACAGAUGAAAAUUAGCAAAUAAAAGACGCUUGCAUGCUUUUUCCGAGAUACACAUAUUAUUGAUACUCCCUAUUAGAAACUUCCAUUUCUAAACGCAUUUUGAAUGGUAUUCUACCAGGGUCAUUGGAAUUAAUUGGCUAGUGCAGUUCUAACUUUUGGUCGGUGGGGACUUUGCCGAUCAACCGAAGCAGAAAAAUUACAAUUAAGUUAUACUUUAUGCUCCU